UGAAAAGUUUACUCGCCAGAAGCGAGUAGCUCGAGACGGAGACGGAGGCGGGGCAAAAAUGGUGGCAUCAACAGCAUCGCUAGCACCGCCAUGUCGAUCCUCUCUCUCCUUCACAAGCAGCAGCGGCCGAGCGAGAGCUCCUCCGCCCAGAGCCGUCCGAUGCUCCGCCCCAUCCGACAUUGAUGCACCACCUCUGCUCCGUGCAGCCAAGUACACCGUUGACAGAUACAUUAAGAGUGGAAUGGUGGUUGGGCUAGGAUCUGGUAACGCUUCUUGCAUGGCCAUAAAAUAUCUUGGUCAGCAACUCCGUGCAGGCACUUUGGAAGAUAUUGUAGGGGUACCCACGUCUGUUACAAGCGCAAGUGAAGCAGCAAAAUCAGGAAUUCCUUUGGAUGACUACCAAGGAUGUUCUCAGAUUGACUUCGCCUUUGAUGAUGCUGAUAUCAUAGAAGAAGACACACUUAUAGCUGUUAUUGGCCGCCGAAAAUUGGAAGGCGGAGAGUCAAUAAUCCAAGAGAAAUUUGUACUUAAUGCAGCCAAGAGAAUUGUAUUUAUCAUCACAGAGAACAAAUAUAAAGGUGCUCUAGAUGGUUCUGUGCCAGUCUUAGUUCAAUCUCUCAAUUGGAUGGAGAUUGCUGAGGAGCUCGAUGAUUUGUUUCUGGGAGAUGCAGAGGUCUGGAGAAGACCAUCUAUAGGACAUGCUGAUCCAUUCGGUGGAGAUUUUCCAGUAGUUACCAAGGAUGGCCAUAAUGUUCUUGAUGUCAUAUUCACAUCUCCAAUUGCAAACCUCGCUCAAGUAGCCGAGAGCCUUGACAGAGUAGAUAGAGUGGUGGACCAUGGGAUCGUAUCCAAGUUUCCUUGCACCGCUGUGGUUGUAUCAGAAAGUGGAGUUUCCGUUAUCGAUAGUGCGCUAACAAAAGUUGCUGGGUAUCCUGCAUUAUGAACUUAAAGAGAAUGAUUAGUCUUUUCCACGUGGUAUGAAGGUAAGUACAAAAUGUAGAAACCGUGAAGACUUGAAAGGAUGAAAGUGAUCGGAGGAAAUGCACAAAUUCAUUAAGAAUGUCAAGUACUCCUUGAUGAAAUCUCGAGGCGUCCUCUCAUCCUUGAAAAGAAAAAGAAACGGAGCGUCCUAGAGUACAAUCCAUGUUGUUUAUUGACAGCACAAAUCCUAAACUUUUAGUGUCAUUUAUUGUGUUUGGGUAAAGUUGUUAUCUUCGAGGCUUCAAAUGGCCAUAUCA